AUGCUAUACCUCACAGAGAAUGGGUUCCAGGGCACCUCGGAAGGGGCGCUAGACCGACUGUUGGAUGUCGCACAUGAGCAUCUGCGCACACUGACCACCACCAUGCGCGUACUAGCCGACCAGACCUGCAGUACACGGCACGAUACCAGACACGCACCGGACGCCGAGUCGCUGGUAGUACGAACUCAGGCCAGGGCAGACACCCACACACCAUCCGUUUACACACACGGUUGGAGGGGGCCCAAUGGGAUGGCGCACGACCAACGACACACACGCGCUACUUCUGACGCGCAGGUGCGUGCGCUGAUUGGGGUACACACGCCCCAGUACACACACGGGACAGGCAUGCACCGACGUACGGGUGGGUAUAAGAACAAGGGCAGGGCUAAAGAAAGCACCACACAGCAUCGGACAAAAUGCCACAGAUCACCGCCCCGACAGCGGGCGCGGCUGGAUGGGCAGCUGAGAGAACUCAACGACCACCCGCGCAGACACUAUCCGCAACAAGGUCUUAGUACCAUUGCGCGGGAGGGUAUGGCCCGGGGUAGGCAUGGAUCCAGCAACGUACACACACACACACACACACACACACACACAUCCUCACAGCGACGUAAGGGUUCUGGCAGCAACGGGGUAGAGCCUGGGAGAAGUGUUACGCACGGAGAGGGGGCGGGGCAGGGUGGCGGGGACAAAAUAGGAUUGGGCCAAAGUGCAAAUGGAAAUGUUAGGAAAAACGGAAGGACGGAUGAGGCGCUGACGCCUCAGAAUCGGCGCGUGGACGAAGAAACACUCUAUUUUUUGCGACUGGCCCAUAAGGCCAUCCGAGUCUCCGGCAGCAGUUUCGCACAGAUUCUUCAGUACCACUACAAGCACAUUGAACAGAGAGACACUCUCAAGUUCUUGUCCGACAACCACACACUGAAUCUCGGACUGUCGUCGAUGGAUACGAACCUGCACAUAUCGGACGGUUUCGAGCUCAUGGGCGGUCAUAUGCACCUGGAUCUGUCCAGUUUCAACCAAUUUGAACCGAUGACAAUGUCUAUGUCCUUGGCGUCCGGUGGUCUAUCUCCGAUGGGCACCGAUUUCUCGAGGAUGUCUAGUAUGCCGUUCGGGCCGAUGCAGAACGCAGACGACCUUAUGGCUGACU